GGCUGUCACUGCUGCUGCUGUUGUGACACUGAUUUCAAAUUUGCCAUCUUUGUGCCCAAGCGUGCACUGCACCUGAGCUCUGCUGUGGUCAGGAAUGGCUGGAGAAGUCCAGGUGCCCUGUGGUUUGAGCAGAGUGCAGGGCUUAAUGGUCACUGAAGGGCACCGUCCCCUUCAGCUGCAAUGACUUGUGACCCAGCACAAUGUUAGAAGGGACCAGACCAGAACUGCUACGAUUCACAUUUCUCUGGAAACUCCAGGGAGUUUGACAGUGUCUCCCAGGCACUUCAGAAUUCCCCUUUGUUUUGGGAACAAAGUUUUUCCAGGGGACUGAGACAGACCCUGCAUGAGCAGCAAAGCAUUUACCUGCUCAGGGAGCUGCAGGACAACUGGAGGUGACUACUCCAGCUGCUGAUGGCCACACCAGAGCCUGGUGCUGCUUGCCUGGGGUGGUUUCCCAGCUCCAGUUGUUAGUGGCAGAUGUUGAUCACGCUGCUUCCUGCAGUUGUGGACAGCAGUAAGGCACCACAGUGUGGGAACUGCAUGGUAACCUUGCCUGGAAUGGAGCAGAGUAGAGCAGAGCAAUGGCUUGUUUCUCUUUGCAGGCACAUCUUUUUCUAUUCAGAGCUCACUAACCCCUCUGUCCCAGCUGCAUUCCAGCCGAGAGAUGUAAUGUCUGCUAAAUUGCAGGGAAAUUACCAGAAAACUGCUACAGAAGUUCUCAGGUCAGCUCAGCUCCAGAGGUAGCUGUGUUUUCAGGGAAGCAACUGAUGCUCUGAAGUUACAUACAGUGCUUUUAUAAACAAAGUGUGCAAAUACUUCCCAUAGGCUCAUCCCAUGGUGUUUUGCAACUCUUGAUCAUUUGCACAGUAGAAAUAUGAAGCAAUUAAAGCCUUUCAUGUUCUCCUCAUGAACAGAUCUGUCAAAUUUCACAACUCCAAUCCAAAAUUGGACUAAUUUUAAAAUUAAUAUUGAUAAUUGCCAGUGCAUGACUAAGCUUGAGUGGGUGCUUUCAUGAGGGAUUGAGAAAUACUUUUUAGAUGAAGUCUUUAAAUGGAGGACUGAUGUAACCCACCCUUUCCAGAGCACACAGUGUGAACAGCACUGGGACAAUGGACAGUGCAGGGACUCACCACAACAGGGAGCUCCUACUUUGUUUCAAUAAAAAGAAUCCUGGGAUAUGGAUGCCUCAGACCCGAGUGUCAUUUCAUUGGGCUGAGUCCAUUGUGGUUCCUAGCCUGAAGACAACCCAUCAGUGGUGAUGCUGCAGGAGAGGUCUCACGUGGGGCCCUCGAUUGGAAGGGGGGCAGCUCUGCACUUCUGUAGCUGAUGGGAGAGGACAACAGCUUGGUAACAGGAGCUACCAAGCGCUGGCAGGAUGAGUUACAGCUCACCCUCUGUGCAUGACUUGCAUCACAGCACCCCCACCACGGCCAAGCCAGACCCAGGGACAGCUCUGGAUGUGACUGUACCACAAACAGCCACCUUAAGCCCUGAAACUACCAGUUUCAACAGCACCAAAAUCCCAGAUAUGGCCAGCACUGGACCUGGCAUGAACACCAUGCUGCUUUCUUUUGGGAUCCUUACUGUGAUUGGGUUGGCUGUAGCAAUGGUUCUGUAUAUCAGGAAGAGGAAGAGGUUGGAGAAGCUACGGCACCAGCUGAUGCCCAUGUACAACUUUGAUCCCACCGAGGAACAGGAUGAGCUGGAGCAGGAGCUGCUGGAGCACGGCCGAGAUGCAGCAUCUUCCCAGGCAUCACAGAGCAAGGUGCUGCUGCCGAGCCAGGGAGCCCUGCAGAGACCCAGCCGCCUCGUGUUCACUGACGUGGCCAACGCCAUCAAUGCAUGACUGGGACCUGCCCUGCUCCGGGAUCCUGCUGAGAACAAGGAGGAUGAAGCCAACAAAGCAGUGACUUCCCUCAAGCAUGGCUGAUCCACUGAGCCCAGCUGGUCACCUGUUGGUUUGUGUUACACAUGGGCAUAGGAAGUGCCAUCACUCUGGGAAGCAAACCCUCUGUAAGGGCAGUGGUGAUUUUCUGGUGUGUGUGUUAGCACUAAAAGCUCCUGAGCUCCAGUUUCUGAGCUGGCACUGCCUGACACCACCUGCCAAGCUUUGUGCUUAGGAACAGUGCCUGCUUUUUUUAGAUUAGCUGUGCUCUCUGGGUCAGGGAAGGAGAGAGGUGCACAUUUCAGAGAACAACUUCACUGGCUUUGUGUGCCCAGGCCCCAAGGAAAGUGAUGGAUGAGCCUCUCUAUGCAGUGACCACAGCUCUGGCCAGUCCUGGGUGGGGACUGGUGGCAAAGCCUCUUUGAGCCAGGAAAGCUGCCUGCCCCAGCUGAGGGGUGACCUGGGGCACAGCAGGGAGAGCACAACCAUGGGAUUAUCCCCUCCCAGGCCUGUGGCUGCUGGUAAAUGUGCACCAGGGUGGUGUUGAAGCAUGGGGAGUUCACUGGCUUGAAAAAGUGAAACGGUGAAGAUUUGGCUGAUAACAUCUUAAUCUGAGGAAGUGGCUGAAUAUCCCAAAUUAGAGCUACUGUAUAGACAGAGGGGAUUUCACACAGCUAGAGUCAGGGACUAUCACUGUCUGGGUAUGUGAGCCCUGCUGCUGAGCUAGGAAUAAGACUGCUUGGGCCAUAAAGAGGAGUUGAGCAGAACUAGAGUUCCAGUACCAUUUAUCCCUUCCUUGUUUGGCUCAGGAAAGUUUCUACAGUGCAUAGUGUUAUCCAGGAGAAAAGAUUAAGCUUUGAAAUACUUUCUUUUAAAAAAAGAAAAACAUGAAUUGGCUCAACAACAGCCCAGUGUCUGUCCCCAGAGAUGACUAACAGCUGGUUUGUACUUCCUUACCUGCCAGGACCUGCAGUCAGAACCUUCUCUUCUUCCUGCUGAAGGGAACACAGAGCUUUGCCUCUGCUCGAGUUACCUGCUAGGAACAGGUAGGUGGGACUAGACAGGUAAGCCAGGGGUUUCCCCGUAGCCCUGAAGCAUCUCUGCCUGUGCAUCCUUCAGGGCUGCAGGAGGAAGAGAGUGCCAAGGGGUCUCUGGCCACCUUGGCAUGUGGCAGUGCAGUGUGGGGGUCUGUUGGCUGAAAGCCUUUUGGUGGGCACUGGCCCCAAGUGCUGCAGACCAGCACAGCAGCCAGGGAGCAGCAUCAGUGCCCAGCCAUGCCCUGAUCACCUCAUGAUCUUUGUGUGGUUACAGGCAUUUGUCAAUCAGAUUUUAUUCUAUCUACAGCACCAGUUAAAAGGGAAUCGGGACAAGCCAAUAUUUGAAUGCAGAUCUAGAGGUUUAUGCAAGGAGGUGUUUCAGAGUGGCAAUUCAGAUAUCAUGUGCUUUGCUGCAAGUUUGGACCUGCCAGUUGGUUUUUGUUCUCCCAAAUAUUUUCUUCCCCUGUGUGAUUGUUUUUCUCAUAUUCAUUAAAUGCAGACUCUUUCCUGGGCCUGUGCCCCUGACCCCUGCAGGGCACAGCUCCUUAAUAGCCUUCCCUCUUCCAGCUUUCCUCAGGGCAGCUUUGCAGGGCUAAAUUGCUUGAGUUUUUCAGUAUCCAGCUGUCUUUAGAACUAGGGAUUUCUGGGAGUAUAUUAGGGGUUGGAGUGUGAAAAACAGCCCAGUCCUCAUUGCCAGGAGAUGUGGCAGGAGGUACUCCCAGACUGCUGCUGUUUGCCCCCAGGGAUGCUGCUGGAAGGAAGUGCAGGGGUACAAAUACUCAGUGUAAUGCAGAUUAGGUCAUUAGAAUUUGGAGUCUGUUUGUGGGCAUUCCCAGCGAUCAGCUGAGAGACGAAUACCUCCCACAACACACACACAGACUUCCCAGCUCCUGCAAGUGCUCAUUGAGAGCAGCCACACAUUUGAUUUCUUUCUUCCCUGCCUAUCCCCUUUUCAGGCUCUGUAGCAGCACAGGGAUGCACAUGGCAGUAGAGAUGUCCAGCUGUCUUAAAUUGCAGCAUUUUCCCCAGAACACUUAGAAUUGGAAUUUCAAUGGUUGUAAGCUCAACAAAAGGCAAGUGUGAGCUGAGCCGUUUGCUCAAUGCCUCAGCCCAGUGUGUGCCCUUCUUCCAGCUCUGUGUACUGCAGUGCAACAACAAACACACCAACACAGGAAUUCUCUUGAACCAUUCUCCCUGUGAUGGUAGGCUUUGUCCUGUGAUGACUGCCCUUAGAGUAAAGAAGUACAGAUAAUAAGACUAAAAGAAUAUUAGGGGUAAUUGCUGGGCUCAUAUUCUUUUAGUUCCCUAGCGCCUCCUCUCACAGUUCUUGGAUGUAUAAUUUAGCAGAAGCAUUAUGAUGUAAUUUAAUUCAAGUGUUUCUGUGUUUUAAAGCAUUGAAAUAUAAUUAAACUAUUUACAUGAAA